CUGGGCCUAGUAGAUGCUGUCAAUACUUUCGUAUUCAUGGACUUCGAGACUACUGGCAGACUUCAAGGAGAUAUGGACGCUUUAGGUCGUCAUGUUAAUAACAAACUACGCGAUCCCCAAGACUUCAGUAAUGCCCUUAGCGCGAUGAUUCUAGAGACCCAACGAUCCGAGUAUCCACGAAUUACUGAAAUGUCGUUUAUCAGUGUUCCACGUGAAAUGUUCAUAAGAGGGCAAACGAAAAUGAAAGAGUUGUGCGACUCAGGUAAUAAAGGCCUUCGUGUUCGUCUGGCAGCGAACGUUCACACCCGUCAAGUGAACCCACAGUUGGACGAACAUCAAUGGAGUGCUUACGAAGCGGCGCGAAUUGAAGGAAAAUCCUGCAGAAAGAGUGCAUGGUGCACAUGCGAGAAAGUGAAUUUUGAUGAAAAGUGCAACUAA